CCAGAAGUGUGUUGAUACCACAAUUCAGAUUACUUUUUGACUGGACCAUCACCACCCUUCCUUCAGUGUGCAGGUACUGUCCUUCAGGAGUUCACCCUUCCUUCAGUGUGCAGAUUGAACCAUGGCUCGGGGACAUCAGAAAGCACAAUCCCAAGAAAAGAAUAAGCAGAGGCAAGCAGCAAUGAAAAAGGCUGGACACAAUGCCAAUGAACAGAAAAAGGCUGCCAUGAAGGCCCUGACAUUUCAAUGCCCUAUAUGUAGGGGGAUGAUGCCCGACCCUAAGACUUACAAACAACAUUACGAGAACAAGCACCCGAAGGAAGAGCUGCCCGAGGAGCUGAAGGACAUGUGAUGUCACUACGACCCUACAAGCCGAGGCUGAAGCCGUGUGCGACCGUAGGGCACCCAUGUACCCAGGCGUACACCACGUCCUGCACAUGAUCGAAAGAACGCAGUUUUUUCUACUUUUAAUAGACCUCUGUUUAUUUUGCAAGAUGACCCCCACUGACUUUCUGGUUAAGAAUGACGUGGCGGCCAGUGGCGAUUCAGAGUUAAGUUGUAAAAAUUUUGUUAAAAUUAACAAGGUGAUGCAUUCAUAUGAAGUGACUUUGUUUGAUAAAUAUACGUGUACUCAGGGUGAGGGUUUCUUCUUUCUGAUUUGUCUUCAUUGUGUUUUUAGAUUUUUAGGGAAUUUUUGUUUGUUUGUCAUAGACUUUAGCAUAAAAAAAUCACAUUUUGAAUGUGAUUGUGUGUUGAGGUAACGAAUGCAGGACCAGAGUGGGUGAGGAGUUAGUAACUGAUAGACACCAAACUUAACUAACUAGAAAACUAGCCCAAGACCAGAAGGCAGUUUUAAUGAUAAGUCUGUGAUAAAGAAGCCAAAAGAUGAAUAUUUAUUACACCUGGUUACCUGGCUGCCCCACUAUGGUGCCAUGAUCAGCCUGGCUAGCUCUUACCUUCCCUCCCUACCUACCUCCCUCUUGUAGCUUGUGCUUCUCUAUUUCAACUUCUUGUCACUAUAUUAUGUUCGUUCACUUGGAUUCUCUUGGGGCUUUUAACUAUAAUUCUUCAUAAUUCUCCUAGUUAGUAUAAUUUUUUUUAUAUUAAUGUAUCUUCAAAGGGAGUCACCAUUAACUAUAGUGCACCUUGUUGGAAAUAUCUACUGUAGGGUCCUGACUUACGAUGAUCUGAACUUAUGAUAUUGGCACUUUGGAACCAGUUAUUUAUAAAUACACUUGCUUCUUCAAACAGAGGGACUAAUAUGUGUGGAAAUAUCACUACCAGUGACACAGGCAGUAUCAGUAUUUGAUGUGAAUACUGUAUUGUAUUUAAGCUUAAUUUACAUAUAUACAAUAAUACAAUGUCUGAUACUGUAUGCAAUUGAGAGGGAACAACAUGGACUGUAAAAUAUUGGGUAGAUAUUCUUAGGUGAUAAAUGUAUAUAUAUAAAAUUAGGUACAGAAUAUUACAGUUGAAGGUUGCAUCUCCAGCUAUGACAUGGGCAUCACUGGGUAACUACCUUCUCAAUACCCAAGUUAAGAAAAAUUUUCAGGAACAUUAAUGUCGUAAGUUGGGACCCUACUGGAUAUGUAUAUUAGAGCUGAUCUUCAUGUGUGACAUUUUCAACCAAUGUUUGAAGCCAAACAUCUUCAGGUAAUCUAUGUUUCUUUGUUUUGGGAACAUGGCAAGGUUUACUCUGACGUAACCUUGCAAGGACGUACCGUAUUUUCUGGCAUAUAAGAUGCACUUUUUUCCCCCCCACGGCCUUUGAAAAUCACCCUGUGCCUUGUAUACUCAAGGUCAGGGUCAAAUGUAGGCUUUGGGUUACGCUUUAGCAGUUGUUUGCUGACGUUGUUACAACUGCUUGGAACCAUCGUCUCAUAUGUCUCGUAUGAUCGUGCACCUUAUAUGCCGGGAAAUACAGCAACUGUGGAGCUAAAGAAGUGAAUCUUGACAACUGUGCUCUUAGCAUUUGUACUGGUGUUGCCCAUUCCACUGGUUAGCCAGUGUCGAGGGACAGUCUGCUGGUAAUGCCAGGCCAAAGUGCUUACUGGGUUGUGUGCAAAAUAUUAACAUGCUUCAUUUUUUUUUUUCAUAAGUUUGACAGUAAUUUUAUACCCCCUCGUGGUGCAUCAUUCAUUCUGGUUCUUUGAGAAAUUUUACACGAUUGAAUUUGCUUUGGCAUCUUUGGUGUUAUCAGUGGGUUCCUCAACCUGGAACUUACUUGAGGGCCCAUCAAUGCCUCUUUUUAGGUUAAGUAAUAGUCAUUCAGAAUAGUUAAAGGCUUAUUUUCCAUUGAGUUGCAAUAACUUAGGGGCCUCACUUGUAGGCACACACUACUUUGGGUGUUAGCGCUUUCAUAUAUGCACUUGAGAUAUUUGUUUAGAGGGAGUCCCAAUUAGUCUGGAGAUCUUGCUAUCAUUGCCAUUAUCAGUGUCAUCCCAUACACCAGGAAAGACCAUUAUCAGCUCAAGGUUUUAUUAUAUUUUAUAUACAUACCAUGGAAAUCAUGGGAUAAUAAAAAGUGCUACCACU